AUGAGUUACAGCGUGGAGGAGAGAGGUCGAGAAAACACACCCCAAUACAGAGUCUACUUCAAAAACGCGGAGGGGAAAUAUAUAUCUCCUUUCCAUGAUAUCCCCAUCUACGCCAACGAGACAGAGAACAUCUUUAAUGCUGUUGUCGAAGUUCCUAGAUGGACAAAUACAAAAAUGGAGAUCGCAACUAAAGACGCCCUAAAUCCGCUGAAGCAGGACGUGAAGAAGGGAAACCUGCGAUACGUCAGUAACGUGUUUCCUCAUAAAGGCUACAUCUGGAACUACGGAGCAAUUCCUCAGACGUGGGAGGAUCCGGGCCACCGGGAUGGAGAUACAGGCUGCUGCGGAGACAACGACCCCAUCGAUAUCUGUGACAUUGGCAGUAAAGUGUGCAGUCGUGGUCAGGUCAUCCAGGUGAAGGUGUUGGGGACUCUGGCUCUAAUAGAUGAAGGAGAAACAGACUGGAAGGUUCUGGUCAUAAACACAGAAGACCCCGAGGCUGGACAAUACAGUGACAUCGAGGACAUUCGUCGACUGAAGCCCGGAUACCUGGAGGCCACGCUGGACUGGUUCCGCAGGUAUAAAGUUCCAGACGGGAAACCAGAAAACCAGUUCGGAUUCAGUGGAGAGUUCCAGAGCAGGGACUUCGCCAUUAAAACAGUGAAGGACACUCACAGCUUCUGGAAAGCUCUAAUCUGCAAGAAAACAGACGCUGGAGAGCUCAGCUGUAUGAACACCAGUGUGUGUGACAAUCCCUAUCACUGCUCUGCUGGCCAGGCUGAAGCCAUCGUCCAUACAACUGACCCUUAUGGUGACCCAGAGCCCAUUCCCAGCUCAGCUGACAAAUGGUUCUUCUACGAACAGCCAUAGAAGAUGAUCAUCACCACUGACAGGAAAAAUAAAUGGCCGGAAACUAGUUUCAUAUCAUCGUAGAUUAA